ACGAGCUGACCAAUGCCUUGGAGAUCAGCAACAUCGUCUUCACCAGCAUGUUCGCCCUGGAGAUGCUCCUCAAGCUCCUGGCCUUCGGGAUCUUUGGCUACAUCAAGAAYCCCUACAACAUCUUCGACGGGAUCAUCGUCGUCAUCAGUGUCUGGGAGAUCAUUGGGCAGUCGGACGGGGGCCUGUCCGUGCUCCGCACCUUCCGGCUGCUCCGCGUGCUGAAGCUCGUGCGCUUCAUGCCCGCCCUGCGCCGCCAGCUCGUGGUGCUCAUGAAGACCAUGGACAACGUGGCCACCUUCUGCAUGCUCCUCAUGCUCUUCAUCUUCAUCUUCAGCAUCCUUGGUAUGCAUCUUUUCGGGUGCAAGUUCAGCCUGAAAACCGACACGGGCGACACGGUUCCGGACAGGAAGAAUUUUGAUUCCUUGCUUUGGGCCAUYGUGACCGUGUUCCAGAUCCUCACGCAGGAGGACUGGAACGUGGUGCUGUACAACGGCAUGGCCUCCACCUCCUCCUGGGCUGCUCUCUACUUCGUGGCCCUGAUGACCUUUGGCAAUUACGUGCUCUUCAACCUCCUGGUGGCCAUCCUGGUGGAAGGAUUCCAGGCAGAGGGCGAUGCCAACAGAUCAGACACGGAUGAGGACAAGACAUCUGCCAACUUUGAGGACGAGUUUGAGAAGCUCAAAGAUCUCCGAGCGACAGAGAUGAAGAUGUACUCGCUGGCUGUCACCCCCAACGGGCACCUGGAGGGCAGGGGGGCGAUGCCCCCGCCCAUCAUCAUGCGCACGGCGGCCACCCCGAUGCCCACCCCGAAGUGCUCCCCACACCUGGACUCCCUGCACGCCCUCGGAGACUCGAGGAGAGGCAGCAAYGCCUCGCUGGAGCCCUCAGGCUACGACCAGAAGUCCUUGUCCAGCCUUCGCAGCUCUCCCUGCGCCCACUGGGGCAGUGGCAGCGCCUGGGGCAGCCGCCGCUCCAGCUGGAACAGCCUGGGCCGGGCGCCGAGCCUCAAGAGGAAGAACCAGUCUGGAGAGAGGGAGUCCCUGCUUUCUGGAGAGGGGAAAGGCAGCACGGAUGAUGACUCGGAUGAUGCCAAACCCGGCACUCCAGGCAGGCCCUCACCCCGUGGCCGAGCGGAAUCGCUGGACGGCCGCGGCUCCCCGGAGCUGCCCGAGCUGUCCCCGGCGCUCCGGCUCGGCCCCGCCGCCCUGCUGCCACCACCACCCGAGUGCCAYGGCUGCAACGGCAAAAUGGGCCCCGGAGAGUUCUUCCUCAGAGUGGAUGGCCACAAGGAGGACGCCCUGGACUACGAGGAUGACGUGGAGGAUAGUUACUGCUACCGGAUCCGCAAAGCCCUGGAGCCCUACAAACCCCAGUGGUGCAAGACCCACGAGGACUGGUCCCUCUACUUGUUUUCCCCACAGAACAGGUUCCGUGUGACGUGCCAGAAGGUCAUCGCCCACAAGAUGUUUGACCACGUGGUGUUGGUCUUCAUCUUCCUCAACUGCAUCACCAUAGCCCUGGARAGACCAGACAUCGACCCCCUGAGCACGGAAAGGGUAUUCCUCAGUGUCUCUAAUUACAUCUUCACUGCCAUCUUUGUGGUUGAAAUGAUGGUUAAGGUGGUGGCUCUUGGCUUUUUCUCGGGGGAGAACACGUACCUGCAGAGCAGCUGGAACGUCCUGGAUGGGGUCCUGGUCUUUGUGUCCAUCAUUGACAUCAUCGUGUCCAUGGCAUCAGCGGGAGGAGCCAAAAUCCUGGGAGUUCUUCGUGUUUUGAGGCUUCUGCGGACGCUGAGGCCUCUCCGAGUCAUCAGCAGAGCCCCAGGUCUSAAGCUGGUGGUGGAAACCUUGAUCUCCUCCCUGAGGCCCAUCGGGAACAUUGUUCUCAUCUGCUGUGCUUUCUUCAUUAUCUUUGGGAUUUUAGGGGUGCAGCUUUUUAAAGGGAAAUUCUACUACUGCGAUGGCCCUGACGUCAAAAACAUCACCACCAAGGCCGACUGCACCAACGCUCAYUACAGAUGGGUCCGGCGCAAGUACAACUUCGACAACCUGGGCCAGGCCCUGAUGUCCCUGUUUGUCCUCUCCUCCAAGGAYGGCUGGGUGAACAUCAUGUACGAUGGGCUGGACGCCGUGGGCAUUGACCAACAGCCCAUCCAGAACCACAACCCCUGGAUGCUGCUCUACUUCAUCUCCUUCCUGCUCAUCGUCAGCUUCUUCGUGCUCAACAUGUUCGUGGGGGUGGUGGUGGAGAACUUCCACAAGUGCCGGCAGCACCAGGAGGCGGAGGAGGCGCGGCGCCGGGAGGAGAAGCGGCUCCGACGCCUGGAGAAAAAGCGCAGGAAAGCACAACGCCGGCCCUACUACGCCGACUACUCGCCAGCGCGGAAAUACAUCCACAGCCUGUGCACCAGCCACUACCUCGACCUCUUCAUCACCUUCAUCAUCGGCGUCAACGUCAUCACCAUGUCCAUGGAGCACUACAACCAGCCCAAGUCCCUGGAUGAAGCCCUCAAGUACUGCAACUACGUGUUCACCAUCGUCUUCGUGUUCGAGGCACUCCUCAAGCUGGUGGCCUUUGGCUUCCGGAGGUUCUUUAAGGACAGGUGGAACCAGCUGGACUUGGCCAUCGUUCUCCUGUCCAUUGUGGGGAUCACACUGGAGGAGAUCGAGAUGAACGCUGCCCUUCCCAUCAAUCCCACCAUCAUCCGGAUCAUGAGGGUGCUGCGGAUUGCCAGAGUGCUGAAACUGCUGAAAAUGGCCACGGGCAUGAGAGCUCUCCUGGACACGGUGGUGCAAGCCCUGCCCCAGGUAGGGAACCUUGGCCUACUUUUCAUGCUCCUGUUUUUUAUCUAUGCUGCCCUGGGAGUGGAACUGUUUGGCAAGCUCGAUUGCAGUGAGGAAAAUCCCUGCGAGGGUCUGAGCCGCCACGCCACCUUCACCAACUUUGGCAUGGCCUUCCUCACCCUCUUCAGGGUGUCCACAGGGGACAACUGGAAUGGCAUCAUGAAGGACACGCUCAGGGAAUGCACCCGGGAGGACAAGCACUGCCUCAGCUACCUGCCCGUCAUCUCCCCCGUCUACUUCGUCACCUUCGUCCUCAUCGCCCAGUUCGUCCUGGUCAACGUGGUGGUGGCCGUGCUGAUGAAGCACCUGGAGGAGAGCAACAAGGAGGCCAAGGAGGACGCUGAGAUGGACGCUGAGAUUGAGCUGGAGAUGUCCAGGGGAGCCAACCCCGCCGGCGGGAGUAGGGCAGGGGCCGCGGUCCCGGAGAGCCGGGCGCUCCAYGGGAAUCAGGAGCAGCCCAAAGCGGUGCUGCAGGGCAGCGCAGCCUCCCUGAGGCCCCAGGAUUCCCAGAACCUGCUGACAGUCCGCAAGAUCUCCGUGUCCCGGAUGCAUUCCCUGCCCAACGACAGCUACAUGUUCCGGCCCGUGACCCCGGCCAARGCCCCCUUCCCCCUGCACGAGGUGGAGAUGGAAACCUAUCCCUGCAAAGCCCAGAGAGGAUCCAUCAGCUCCAUCCGCUCCCAGCCCGUGGGUUCGUGCUCCUCCUCCCUGACAGUGCCCACGGAGUCACUCCCAGCCCCUCUCUCCCCCGGCCUCGAAGGGCGGCCCCGCUGGAAGGUCCWUCCCYYRCACAGCAYCCCCCGAUCUCCAGUGCUCAACAARCUGCUCUGCAGACAG